AAAUCCACGGAGCACAUGAAGAAGAUCCCGACCAUAAUCCUGUCCAUCACGUACAAGGGGGUGAAGUUCAUCGACGCCUCCAACAAGAAUGUCAUCGCUGAGCACGAGAUCCGGAACAUCUCCUGCGCUGCUCAGGACCCUGAGGAUCUCUGCACGUUCGCCUACAUCACCAAGGACCUGCAGACCAGCCACCACUACUGCCACGUCUUCAGCACCGUGGAUGUGAACCUGACGUACGAGAUCAUCCUCACGCUGGGGCAGGCGUUCGAGGUCGCCUACCAGCUGGCCCUCCAAGCCCAGAGAGCCAAGCCUCUGGGUGCUGCAGCAGGAGAAGUGAUCGAAACAAAAUCUUCCAAACCGGUGCCUAAACCGCGAGCCGGCGUGAGGAAAUCCGCACUGGAGCCCCCUGAAGUGGACCAAGACUCCCAGUCUCAUGCCAGCGUCUCCUGGGUCGUGGACCCCAAACAGGACUCCAAGCGGACCCUCAGCACUAAGUAUGAGACCACUAUCUUCUAA